GAAAACAAUUUCAAUUUGUUCAUUUACCAGACAAUAAUAAUUGUAUUAUCUUCAAUCGUGGUUAUCAGUCGUCAUAACAGUAAAUGUUAUCAGGACAGGUGCAUACGAGCGCUGGCUUUCCCGAAGUAAGACGACAUUAAUUGGUGGGUAGUUUUAAAUUCAGGCGAUGCUCGAUAACGGCGUCAAAGUGGGUUCGAGUCGGAUAUUUAUAAUUGUUCUGCUAUGCUAUUGAGCUUUGAAGUGUAAAUUAAUUGUGAAUUUAAAAUAUUAGAAUUGUAAACAAAACUUAAUAAAAAAAAAAAAUUAAUACACUCGGACAAUUAAUAAUAAAAAAUAUUUGUGUCCUAUGUUUCAUGCUUAGUUUUUAUUAGAAUAUUUAAUAAUACUUAUUACAAAGUACUUUGAUGUAAUAAAUUGUGUACAAAGUAUGAGCACAAAUUAUAUGAAAAUAUUCAUAUAAUCUGUGUCACGAUCACGAACUAUGAGUAUGAGUGGGUUUAACACUUAUUGCUUAUAUGUAUGAGUAAUAUUAAAAAUAAUGGGGAAACGUUUUUUUAAAAACAUAUAUUCUGACAGUAACGAAUGUGAUGUAAGUACAUAUUACAAACUUUGGAAAGAUAAAGUAAAUAACUUAAUGCAACGUGUGAGUAGAAAUGCCUCAUCAUCAUCAAAAAACACCUUGUAUACUGGAACGACCGGUAUUGCAUACAUGUUCUAUCACUUGGCAAUAUCAAAUGAAUUUAAAAACGAUCCCUCGGCCUAUUUAAAUGAAGCAAUCAAAGUUUUAAAACUUAAAGAAAACAAUUUUAAUCAAAAAAAAUCAAAUCAAUUUAUUUGUGGAGAUGCAGGAGUAAACGCUGUAAAUGCUGCAAUAUUUCACCAAAUUGGUGAUGAGAAAACUGCGGAAGUGUAUUUGAAAUAUUUUGAAAAUGGGGUGACUACUUGCAAGCCAAUAGGUUCUUUGGAACCGGGAGAAGAUGAACUAUUUGUUGGUCGCGCAGGUUAUCUCUAUGGAGUUAUAUGGUUAGAAAAGGUUUUUGGAAGAAAAAUAGUACCUGACCAAGAUGUUAUUGAUAUAUGCUUAACAAUAGUAGAAUCUGGUCGUCAAUAUUCAAAAACAAAUAAAAGCCUGUUUCCCCUUAUGUAUUCAUACCAUAGCAAAGAAUAUUUAGGAGCAGCUCAUGGUUUAUGUACAAUUCUUCAAGCAUUAAUUUCAUUUCCUUGUUUUAUUAAAAAUGAUCAAAAAGCUAAAGAAGAUAUUAAAAAAUGUAUAGACCUAUUGAUAUCCUUACAAACAUCCACUGGUAAUUUUCCUACUAAAAUACAGGAAUUAGAAUCAAAACAAAGAACUGAGGAAGACGAAUUAGUUCAUUGGUGUCAUGGAGCUCCAGGUGUUGUAUACUUAUUCGCUAAAGCAUAUUUGAUUUUUAAAGAACCUUCUUAUUUGGAAUGUUGUUUAAAAUGUGGAGACUUGGUAUGGAUGAAAGGACUAUUAAAAAAAGGCCCCGGAUUAUGUCAUGGAAUAGCUGGGAACGGAUACGUUUUCUUACUACUAUAUAGAUUGACCGGCGAUAGAAAACAUUUAAACCGAGCUAUACAAUUUGGUAAAUUUAUAUUCACUGAUGAAUUUAUUCAAGGAUCUAGAAGACCAGACAAUUUGUACAGUUUGUAUGAAGGAUUAGCUGGCACAGUGUGUUAUUUAAGUGAUUUAAUUCAACCAGAGAAAGCUAGUUUCCCAUUUUUAGAUGUGUUUUAAUUAAAUCUUUUGUUGAAUCAAUUAUCAAGUGAAUGUACAAUAUUCAUUGUAAAUAGUGAUAUUGUAUAUUUGUAUGUUCUAAAUGUUUGAUAAUGGAUGUACAUUAAUAUAAGUUUUAAUGACAUAA